CGCUAGACCGGCCAGGCCGAGACCUGCCCGGUUUCCUGUUGGGCUCGUACCAGCCUCGUGUCUGACUGGUCUGCAGCCCCGAGUCCUUGCCGGGUCUUCCACUCCCCGCCCCCGGCUCCAGCCUUCUCCCGUCUGGGCCGGUCCCCGGCUUCCAUCUCCCACCCUCAGCGGGUACCCGUUCCCCGCCUGCUGCCCUCCACGGGUCCCUGUCAGAGCCCCGGCCCCAUGGCUCUGCAGGCUUUGCAGAGCUCGGGGGUGGCCUUUCGCAAGAUCCUGUGUCACUUCCCCGAGGAGUUGAGCCUGGCUUUCGCCUACGGCUCGGGGGUGUACCGCCAGGCGGGGCCCAGCUCAGACCAGAAGAAUGCCAUGCUGGACUUCGUGUUCACAGUCGAUGACCCUGUUGCAUGGCAUUCAAAAAACCUGAAGAAAAAUUGGAACCAUUACUCGUUCCUAAAAGUUUUGGGGCCCAGGUUUAUCACCACUGUCCAGAAUAACUACGGCGCCGGGGUUUACUACAACCCAUUGAUCAUGUGUGAUGGGAGGCUUAUCAAAUAUGGCAUUAUUAGCACUAGUGUUUUGAUUGAAGACCUCCUCAACUGGAAUAACUUAUACAUUGCUGGACGACUCCAAAAACCGGUGAAAAUCGUAGCAAUGAAUGAGAAUGUUGCUCUCAGGUCGGCCCUGGAUAAAAAUCUGAAGAGUGCCGUGACUGCUGCUUUCCUCAUGCUCCCCGAAAGCUUUUCUGAGGAAGACCUGUUUAUAGAGAUUGCCAGACUCUCAUAUUCAGGUGACUUUCGGAUGGUGGUUGGAGAGGAUAAGGCAAAAGUGUUGAAUAUUGUGAAGCCCAACAUAGCCCAUUUUCGUGAGCUCUAUGGCAGCAUUCUACAGGAGAAUCCCCAAGUGGUGUAUAAAAUCCAGCAAGGCAGCCUGGAGAUCGAUAAAAGCCCAGAAGGACAGUUCACUCAACUAAUGACAUUGCCCAAAACCUUACAGCAACAAAUAAAUCAUAUUGUGGACCCUCCUGGAAAAAACAGAGAUGUGGAAGAAACUUUAUUACAAGUGGCUCAUGACCCCGACUGUGGAGACGUGGUGCGUCUAGGGCUCUCAGCAAUCGUGAGACCUUCCAGUAUGAGACAGAGCACCAAAGGCAUUUUCACUGCUGGUGUCUCCACGGCCAGUCCUGGGUUGCAGCUCCAGCUGAAUCAUGGAUUCCUGCUCCACUGAGGUACUGUGUGGCCCCGUGUCUCCCCGCUGAGCCCUGCCCUCCAGGACCCCCCCUAACUACCAAAACACCCUCAGUGAACAGAAAGAAGCAGGAGUGUGAAUUUGAUCAGACUCACUGUAUCUGACUAAGAGAAGAUGCUCGUCGACCCAGGCACUCUGUGUGGUCCUGACCAAAAAGUUCCCGAGCUCAUCUAACCCACAGAAGUGCCCACUGGCAACCUGUGCUGAGGAGCAAGUGGGUCCAGUGGCACAGGUACCAGUGAGUGUGCAAGUCCUUUAAAUUAAUGGAGGAUGGAACGGAACAGGGAAAUGACCCAACAGUUGCCAAAGGCCUGUGAACACCAGGGGUCAUACAUAAACCGCUUCCUUUAAUCCUUACCCUGCUUCGACAGCAUCCAUAUGAUUCCUGUUUUUUUUUUUUUACAACCAAGGAAACUCAGGGUUAAAGAGGUUCCAUAGCGGGCCCACCACCCCACAGCUAGUACGUGGCAAGGCUGGGGUUUGCAUUUGGGUCUGUCCGACUCAGAAGUUCACUUGCUGUUCAGCAUCACACCCCACUUUGGCCCUUGCCUGCAAGAGGUGGGUAAUUCUCUCCAAGUUCAUCCAGAUGAUCUCUCCUGUGAUUAUUUUCAGCCAUCACUAGCCUUGGGACUAAAGUCAUCUGGUUUAGUUUCUCCUACACUAUUUCUAUUUCUUCUGAGAUCAAGUGGAAUGAUAAAAACAUUCCUUCCUAGAAUGAGCUCCUUCUGGAGAGAUGAUGCAUGAAAUAUCAGACUCGCUGGGGAGCCUAGAGACCGUUUACCCUCCCUCACUGUCCCGGUGGGAUAAGGAGGUCCCAGACAGGUUGCAACUUCCAAGGCCACAUGUAUUUGCUGACAGCCUGGACUAAAACAUGCAGCUUUUACAUCCCACUUAAUCCCCCUUUUACUUCAGCCUGCUCUUCUACCCACCCAGCAGGUAGGUCAAUUGUAACAGCACCUAGGGUUUCAGUAGCUUUUAUGAGAUCAAGAAGAACAAAAUCUCCAGGCUCAUAUUCUUUUCAGAAAUUACAGGACACCUCACCUAAAUGUAGCUCCUAACUCUAACUUGAGUUUCAUUACCCUCAACCCCUUCCUAUAUGACUGACCAACUAUAAUGUUUGGGCUACAGACAAAAGAAAGUCUUUCCCUGGAAUUCCAGGUUACCAUGGGUUACAUGGAAGUAUUAUACAUCAGGGACUGUAGCAGGUGGAAAAGCAGGAAAAGGCUAAAGGCUCUCAAGAGAAUUGAAUUCAACUGGUAGUAAUUCAAUGUUGCUUAGCGAUGUGGGGCUGGGGGGAGAUGGGAUCCCGCCCUCCGUAAGAUUAGCAAGUAGGGAGGACAGAGUUCAUCCUCAUAUCAUAAUACAAGAUGAGAAGGGAUCAAUGCCAUGAAGAGAAGUUCAUGGAUUAAUUGACUUAGUACUUAAUAAAUGCUAACUACAUGUCAACUGGAGCACUGAUAAUGAAUAAGACAUUGUCCCAACUCUAAGGAUCUUACAAUGCAGAAAAGUAGUCAGGUCAGUAAAUUGUGAAUUAUGUUUGUCUGAUAAAUGCUGAAUUAUAGGGGUCACUAUAGGCUGCUAUGAAGAUACAUAAAAGUAAAGGCAAGUAUUGUUUGAGCCCUCCCAGUGUGUCAGGCGCUAUUCUCAGCAUUCUCUCUGUAUUUAUUCAUUUAAUCCUCCCCACAGCCUUAUGUAAUAGGGACUCUUAUUAUCCCCUAUUUUAUGCCUGAGGAAAUGGAGGCCCAGGGAAGCUAUACCCUGCACACUGUUUCACAGCUCGUAGAUGACAGCCAGGAUUCAAAACUGGGGCGUCGGGUUCCAGAGCCCUUCCUUUUAGCCUCUUAGCUAAACCAUCUUCCCAUCACUUAGUGAUCGCCUAGUCUGAAGGAAGGAGCAAGUGAUGCCCAGCCUAGUACUUUAAGAACAAGUACGAUUUACCCAGAAGAGGAGGAACAGUAUCGCACACAUGGGGAUAAAAGCCCUGAGUGAAGUCAUCACCGUGCAUUUAGGGAACUAAAGUUAGAGCAAGAGCAAUAAAAUGCCGGGCUGAUACCGUACAGAAGUGAGGCUGGAGAGAUGACUGAAGCCAGAUCAUGAAAGGUCUUACAAGGCCUGUUAGUGUAUUAAUCCUUACCCCCAGAGCAAUGAAGAGCCAGCAGGGAUUUUGAGCUGGAGAGUAGAAAACGAUUUUCAUUUUAUGGAAAUGAUUAUGGCCUCAACAUGGAGAAUGGAUUUGAAGGGACAGGACUCUGAUCAUCCAGUGGAGAGACAGUGGUGGUCUAGGGCACAAUCACCAAGAAUGGACCCAGAGAGACAACUUCAACUGAUGUUUAGGAAGCAGUCUCAGUACAGCUUGAUGGUUGAACAUGGAGAAGGUGGCGUCAAGGUUCUGGCUGGGGCAACCAGGAGGAUGGGGUGCUGUCUCCCAAGUCAGGGGUCCAGGACGAGGAGCAGAUUUUGGGGUGAUGAGGACGGUGAUAAAUUCAGGUUCUGGCAUGCUGAGUUCGGAAGGAAAACCAGGAGAACAAGGCAUCAAGUCAUACAGGGGAUAGUGAGGAAGUGUUAACUUGUAUUCCUGUUCCCCUGAAUGAUCAGUGUUUCCUCCUUGGAGUGCCUGCCCUACGGGAGGAUUAAUUUUCUUCCCCCAUAGAUAUCAGAUUUAGCCUUAUGACUUGUUUUGACCAAUGAAGUGAGAAUGGAAGAGACACAUGUCACUUCUGGACAGAAACUUAAGGUGUCAGCCCAGAGUCUAUCCUGUCUUGUUUCCCCCUGCCAUAGGACUGGCAGUGUUCCAGGGAGAGGCAACGCCAACAGUCUGGUUCGCAGAGUGAAGAAAACGUGGAGCAGAGCCACAGCUGACCCACGAUGCACUCUUAGCAUGAGUGGAAAACAAACAUUUGUGGUUGUAGCCUCUGAGAUUUGGGAAAUACUUGUUACUGCAACAUAACCUAGCCUAUCCUGACUGACUAAGUGGGAAAGGUCACAUUCAAUUGGGAGGGUCAAAAAAGCUGAACCCUUACCUCACACCAUACCAAAAUUAACUCAAAUGGAUCAAAGCCUAAGUGUAACAGCUAAAAAUAUAUAACUCUUAGAAGAAAACAUGAGUAAAUCAUAACUUUGAAGUAGUCAACGGUUUCUUAGAACACCAAAAGCGCAAGCAACAAAAGAAAAAAAUAUACUAGACAUCAUCAAAAUUUUAAACUUUUGUGCUUCAACGGACACCAUAAAGAAAGUGAAAAGACAG